GCAUUCGCGAUUUCAUUACCGUGCAAAAAUGCCCAAUUUAUUUUAGCUAUGCAACAUCAAAGCAAAGAAUUCAUAAAUAUAUGACUUCAAUAAAAAAAAAAUGGCAAAGCAAUCUCCUUCUUGAAUUCAAAUGUAAACUUUGAAAAUCUGUUCGGCGGCUUCUACAGUCUCUUGAUUCAUUAGCACUCAAAUGAAUCUUCCCUAUGUCGUCAUUGUCCCUUUACACUCUUCUUCCCCAACCAUAACCCUAGGAAUUCCUACUGUUAUUCAGCCAUGCCGAGAUCAUGCUCCGUCGCCGUCAUCGGCGCCGGUGUCUCCGGCCUAUCCGCCGCCCGCGAACUCCUCCGUGAAGGCCACCGAGUCGUCGUCUUCGAAAAAUCCAACCGCGUCGGUGGCACCUGGGUCUACAACCCCCACGCCGACUCAGACCCAUCGGGUCUCGAUCCGAACCGACGGAUUGUUCACGGCAGCCUCUAUCGCUCGCUCCGCACGAAUCUUCCCCGCCCGCUGAUGGGAUUUUCCGACUACCCGUUCCCGGAUCCGGAGGCCAGCUUUGGCGAUCCUAGGGCUUUUCCUGGGCACAGAGAGGUUCUUGCGUUCAUCGAGGCGUUUGCGCUUGAAGAAGGUGUGAUUGACGUGGUGAGGCUUGGGGUAGAGGUGGUUAGGGUGGAGCGGGUUGGGGAGAGGAAGGACCAGUGGGUGGUGGAGUGGCGGCGGACGUUGGAAGCACAUGAGGCGCUGGAGACGGAGGGUUUUGAAGCGGUGGUUGUAUGCAACGGCCACCACACGCAACCGCGGUUCGCUGAUAUUCCCGGCAUCCAAAAAUGGCCUGGAAAGCAGAUACAUAGUCAUAACUAUCGCUAUCCAGAACCAUUUCAGGAUCAGGUUGUGGUCAUUAUAGGAAGGGGAGCGAGUGCCUUUGACAUCUCUAAAGAAAUUUCGAAAUUGGCCAAAGAAGUUCACGUGGCUUCCAGGUCUUCAGAUUUUGAACCUGGGAAAUUAGAUGAAUAUGAUAAAAUAUGGCAACAUUUGAUGAUAAAAUGUGUUCAUGAAGAUGGUACUGUUGCAUUCGAAGAUGGUUCGGCAGUACUUGCAGAUGUAAUCCUCCAUUGUACCGGUUAUUCCUGCAGUUUUCCCUUUUUUGAUGCUAAUGAAAUUGUAAACAUUGACGACAACCGUGUUGGACCUCUAUUCAAACAUGUUUUUCCUCCACACCUUGCGCCAUGGAUCUCUUUUGUCGGACUGACGAGUAAGUCCAUAAUUUUUCUGAUGAUUGAGUUGCAAAGCAAAUGGGUGGCGAAAGUUUUGUCUGGAAAAGUAAAACUUCCAUCGGUGGAAAAUAUGCUUUCAUCCGUCAAAGAACACUACGUUACAAUGGAAGAAAUGCAGAGGCCUAAGCAUCAUACCCAUUAUCUUUCUCCUCAGGAGCCUGAAUAUUUGAACUGCCUUGCUGCUGAGAUUGGUUUGCCACCAAUAGAGGAAUGGAAGUUGCAGAUGUACAGCUUAGUGAUGAAGUGUAUUAUGUCCCAUGAUGGUGGUUAUCGUGAUAAGUGGGAUGCUGAUCACUGGAUGUCACAAUCAAUGACAACAAAUCUGAGAGAAGGAACAUUCAACAUUGAAUCGUUGCCAAACUCCUAGUGUGCUGGAAACACAUUAAUCA